AUGGCCUCCAACGUCAUCGUCCUCUACAACCAGCGGCGCCACCAGAUUAAAGUCACUCCCACCCGCUCACUAAGCGACGUUCACACCGAGGCCUGCCAGAAAUUCAACCUCGACCCACUAAAAUACACCCUGAAACGCGGCACCACCCCCCUCGACCUCUCCCUCCAAAUCCGGUUCACCAACCUCGGCCCCGGCGCCAAGCUCGACCUCAUCCCCUCCCGCGCGCCCACCACCCCCCUCACCAUCGUCCUGCGCCUGCAAUCCACCCCCCCACAGGAACUCAGCGGGCACGCAACAUCGGGCGCCGGCCGCCUGCUGUACGAGGUCCCGGCGGUCCGUGUCGCGAAUAGAGAGUUUGUGGGCGUGGCUGAGAUGCAGACAACGCUGGUGGGGCUGGGGCUAAGGGAGGGACGGGUGGCUAUUGUGGUUGGGUGGAGGAGCUCGGAGGUGCCGUUGGAGGUGGCGCUGGAGGAGAUUGAGAGCGUUGCGCCGAGGGCGGGGGAGGAGGUGGAGGAGGUGCUGCCGCCGGCUGCGGCUGCGGCGCCGAAGCAGCGGGUGGGGGGAGAGGGGCCGAAGGAGGCGGCGGCGGCGAAGGGGGAUGUGGAGAUGGGGGAGGCGGCGGCGGUGGUGGAGGGUGCUGCCGUGGAGGUCCCGGUGGGGGCGGAAGGUGCGCCGCAGGGCGAUGAGAAUGCGCCGGCGUCGGGGGAGCUGGAGAAGCCGACGGUGUCGGUGUACCGGCCGUCCGACUCGCAGACCCUUGCCGCAGCGCAGAUCAACGUGCCCGAAACGGCCUACGAGAUUGGCAUCAACGAGGCAAAGAUCAUUCAGAGCCACCUCAAGAAGGCGGCCAUCGGGCGGCGCCUCCCCUCCGAUAAGGAGAUUGAAGAGAAAGAGGCCGCUGCGCUCGCCGUGGUCGAGAAGGUGCAGACUCUGGUGAUCAAAGUCCGCUUUCCGGACGGGUACAUCUCGGAGCAGACGCUUCAGGCAAAACACACCGCUCAAGACCUCUACGACACCAUCCGCACCACACUCCGCCACCCCCUCGAGCCCUUCACUCUUGUGAUCCCCCCACGCCUCCCCAUCCCCGAGUCCCGCCAACGCCUCACCAUCGACCUCCGCAUCCGCUCCGGCGCAACAGUACACCUAACCUGGGACGGCAGCGCGUCCAAAGCCGCGCGCAUCGAGCCCGCGCUCAACGACCAGUACCUUGACGCGUCGCGCGCGCUGCCGGAGGCCAAGACGGCGUCGUCGCAGCACGAUGAAGGUAGUGGGGCGCUGGGCGUCGAGGGGUGGAAGGGGAAGGCGCCGGAGAAGAGGCCCAUGGAUAGAGAGGCGAAGGAGAAUAAGCUCAAGGCGCUGUUUGGGCUGGGGAAGGGGAGGAAGUAG